AUGGCUUCCAUGUAUAAGAAGGACGCUAAUCAAAUUGGCCUCCAUCAUCGCCACCGUCAUCACUCAAUGCCACACCACGCCACGGAGCCCAUUCAUCAGACCCCACACGACUCCAAAGGCAUGACCAACAAGCACGUCCAUUGGUCUCAAUACGCCGAUGAAAUCUCCUAUUUCACCAUACAAGAUGUAGUCCGUUUGGCCGAUUCCAGUGAUGACGACUACUUCUCCGACGAGAAUGUGGAGGUUGAGGAGCCCUUGAAGGAGAAACGCAAACACGAGAAAGAAAUCUUCAUACAUCCAGAUUUUUGGAAGGCAGUAGAUAAUGCAACCUCGCAAUCACAGCCACCGUUAUCACCACCACCACAAUCACCACCGCCUUUGGAUUUGAGCGGAAAAACCCGCUUCCUUCCAGUGUCCGAGACGGACUCCACGAUCAGUGAUGAUAGCAACUUCUUCGACGAUCCAAAAUACGUCGAGAAGAAGCGAUCCCUGUUCUUGAGGAAGUCACAGUCUCCAGCCCCCAAAACUCCCAAACAUGAGAAGCAUCUAGACCUGAAAACGGAGAAGGAGAAGAAGAAAAGGAAGAAGGAGGAAGUAGAGAUGGGGGACGCGGAUAAAGAAGCAAGCAGCAAUGGCAAGGCACAACCAAAGAACGAGGAGAAACCUCCAGUAGUGCCCAAAUCACCAGAAGGCAUGGUUGAACGUCCAAAUGGUGCCAAAAAAAUGCAGAAUAGUUAUUGGAUUUCGCCACAAAUUUACCUCUUCAAACGCAAUGCUACAUCAGCAAGAGGUGACUAUGCAAGAGGCGUCAAAUCGCCUGUGGAAAGUGGAAAGAUGGCGAAGAGAAGUGAAAUAUCCAGUUCCACAGGACGUCGACGUGUGAGGCAUUUCAGUGACUACCUCUAUGAACCACAAUCACGCUCGACGUCAAGGACGCGAGGGGUAGGUGUUGCCGUGGUUAAACCGCCUCUAGCCACGUUUCAGAGCAACCAUAACGCUGUGGAGAGCACGCUCCAUCGAAAACACUCCAAAAGCCGCUUUGAUUACAUCACGGAGAACAUGAAACCCAAUCUUCCAAAGGUGCCACCAAAACCGAAACGAUCUACAAAAACCUUCCGAAAAGCAUUCGUCAAAGGCGUCCAAAAAAUCACCCCAUUCACAUCAUUAGUGCUAAUGCUAGCAGACGAAAUGGCAUGGCUACCUUCUCCUCUUCUUGCUCUUUAUCAUCAUUGCCAUCAUCACGGUCAGCAUGAUCAGUGUUGUGAUGACUGCUGUCAAUGCUACUAUCAUUAA